AUGUUGUCAAUACAGUCCUCCCAACCGCAAAAAGUCACUCCCAACCUUCUCCCACUACGCAUCUCCCACAACGGCCCCAUCCACUCCGCCUCGCGCUUCUUCACCCCCUCCACAGACCCUUCCAGUCCUUCCAACAACACACAACACGCCCACUUUCGCGGUCGCCAUUUACACGGCACGCCAGUCGCGCUGCCAGAGGGCUACACGGGUGCUGUCUUGCACCUCACCGGCAGACAACUCCCCCCCACACGGCGGCAGCCUCAGGAGCAGCGCCAUGGCGACGAGAGCGGUGGCGAAGAUGCCGAGGAAGAGGACAUGGACGUCCAACUGGGCGUUGCGGACCAAGUGGGCGAGUUUGACGAGCUAGUCGUGUGGGGCCAUGGAGCACCUGUGGAGGAGAGUCGGGAUGCCUACGUCAGGGGUCUGGAGGAAUGGGUGGGCUUCGCCGAGAGUAUGCAUUGCGACGAAGACGAGCAAGAGACACAGGAGAAGAAGACUUGA